AUGUCUAGUCAGCCUCAAGGUGGAAGAGGUAUGGACCAGAUUCACGGCAUCUUCUGGGAAUGCCUUUUUGCUAUUUUAGAGCUCAUUGGAAGCACUAGAGAAGACGAUCUAAUUGUGAGGUCUCGAAGUGUGCUACACAGGACAUCCUCACGGAUACAAGUAGCCCUAUAUCUUUCAGGUUUGCAUGAAGACGGUAAAGGAUAUAUCCAUCAACGGAAAGGCGACACUUCUGGGAAAGCCAGAGAUAAGGCGGGGGAGAUACCUAUUCGCAUUCGGGACUCCGACGUAACCCAGAGUUGGGGCAGGAUUUGCCAUGAUGUUGUCGGUAUCGAUUCGCUUGUCACAGAGCAGGAUAAGGUUUUCCCCGGGAGCGGCUCCCUUCCCUCAAUAUGCGCGUUAUUCAGGGACAUACACCACUCAAAUCCCAAUAUUAGGCAGCAGCACGAGAAGGAUGAGGAGACUUGCACCGACAGAUGCAAGCGGAACUUCAGACUGUUCUUGGCACUGGUGCUUCUCAUGAACAGCGGUACCCUGAGUGCGCCCUUUGCUCGAACGAGAAAGCUGCGAGCCUCGGACAAAGAUCCAAGUCGGACUCGUAACUUGAACCACAGAAACUCUCGUCUCUGA